GCGAUUCGACGGACGUGAAAGAAGCCGUCGACAAGGACAUUCGCGAUGGGAAACGGUGCAUGAAGCUGUUGGCGAGGAAAUUGCGUCAAUUCGACGACCGUUGUUUGCUUCAAGUUGGCAAACACUCCGUGUGUAGCGUGACAUCAUUGGACGUUGGGUAUUUAGCACUGUGUGAGGCUUCAUAUUCAGACGUCUUGGUGUUUGGCUUCUUGGAAGAAAUGCUCAAACAGUUCAUCAAGUUGUAUGAUGUUCCUGUUGUGGACCGUGCAACGCGUCCUUUUGCCUUCAUUGAGUUUGACAAGGUGAUACAAAGUCUGAGGCAGAAAUACAACAGUAAGGUUGGAGUGGUUCAGAGGUUGAAUUUUGGGGCUUUGUCUGAGGAGUUGAGGCUGAGGCCACCAUCUGUCAUUGGAAAGACAGACUUGGAGGACUUGGGUGUGAGGCACCCUGUACCUGAUGUGACCAAUGGAGUUGGCAGUGCUCCUCACCCUGUGCUGACCCACAGUUUCCGGGAAGAAUUAGUUUUUGCUCCUUUGGGGUGCAUCAAUCUCUUCUGGAUCUUUGUGACGGUGAUUCUGGCGUCGAUCAAUUUCUACCGAGGCGUGAUUUCGAUUCAUUUAGCGAACGUUUUUGAAAUUGACGGCCCCACUGUUUCCACGGGACUGUCUCUGGUGAUCGAAAGCUUUCUUCAAAUUAGCCAGGCCUAUUUUCUGGCAUCAACGAACCAAUCCAGGGAAUUCGGAAGUGUGGCAGUGGCAGUGAUCCAGUUUUGGUGUGUUGUCUAUCUCUGGAGUAUCCGGGAUCCUUGGAUGUCCAUUCUUCACGUCGUCUCCGCAGUCAUCAUGACUGCUUUAACCCUUUCUAGGCACUAUAGCGUGAAAGCUGCCAAAUUCUGCGUUUGA